GCCCGCGCGCGGCGCAUGCGCGGCGGUCGUUCGGGAGCGGCCCGUGAGUCAGCGGCGGCCGCCGGGCGCCGCCCGAGAUCGGCGCACAUCCGGGUGCCGCGGCGCCGCCCACCGCCGGCUGCCGCCCGCGCGGGGGGGUGCCGCGCCGCCGGGCCGGGCUUCUCCGAUGCGCAUCGCCGCCCGUUCGGCGGCCGCUGGCGUGCGGCGGGGAGCGGCCGCGCUCCGCCCGAGGUCGCCGCCAUGAUGCCGGCCCUGUCCGCCCCGCGGCGGGGCUGCCGCAGCCUGUACCGCCUGUACGUGCGGUGCCAGGCGGCCCCGCUGCGCCGCGCCUGCCACGGAUGGCAAGCUUCAAUGAAAAGUGGGAGCCUGUUUUGUGCUUUGCCGUGCAAUCGUCUGCCUGUGCAGCUGAUGAGUCAAGUGAGAGUUUAUACCUCCAAUGGUCAGAAAAAAGAUCUCGGAUCAGAAGAUAAAAAUGUAUCUACCCCUGAAGACGCUGUGCGUAAAGUUGGAACAGGACGAGAUACUGGCAAUGCAGAUCAAAAGCAGACUUUGCUUAAAGAGCCCAUCCAAGUGAAAGUGAAAGCAGUCCUCAAAAAAAGAGAGUAUGGACCAAAAUAUACGCAGAACAACUUCAUUACUGGAGUCAGAGCAAUUAAUGAAUUUUGUCUCAAAUCCAGUGAUUUGGAUCAACUGCGGAAAAUUAAACGGCGAAGCCCCCAUGAUGACACUGAGACUUUCACUGUGUACCUGAGAGCGGAUGUAGAGGCGAAGUCUCUUGAAGUUUGGGGUAGUCCAGAGGCUCUUGCUAGGGAGAGAAAACGACGCAAAGAGGCAGAGAUCAAGUACAGAGAAAAUUUAUUUAGAAACCAAAGGCUGUUGAAGGAAUACAGGGAGUUCUUUGGAAAUACUAAGCCACGCUCCAGUGCAGCAGCUAUGUUUUUCAAGGGACCAGGGAAAGUGGUAAUGGUAGCUAUCUGCAUAAAUGGGUUGAAUUUUUUCUUUAAGCUACUUGCUUGGGUUUACACGGGUUCUGCAAGUAUGUUUUCAGAAGCUAUACAUUCUUUAGCAGACACAUGCAACCAGGCAUUGCUAGCUUUGGGCAUCAGUCAGUCUGCAAGAACACCUGACCCUAGUCAUCCGUAUGGUUUCACAAACAUGCGCUAUAUUGCCUCCCUGAUUAGUGGGGUGGGCAUUUUCAUGAUGGGUGCAGGACUUUCUUGGUAUCAUGGAAUCAUGGGUUUACUCCACCCUCAUCCUAUAGAAUCUCUUCUCUGGGCAUACUGCAUUUUGGCAGGGUCAUUGGUAUCUGAAGGAGCUACCCUUCUUGUUGCUAUAAAUGAAAUCCGCAGGAGUGCUCGAGCCAAGGGUCUGUCAUUUUAUCAAUAUGUUGUGCAGAGUCGUGAUCCAAGUACCAAUGUAGUGUUACUGGAAGAUGCUGCAGCAGUUCUGAGCGUGGCUGUAGCUGCUACCUGUAUGGGUCUGACUUCUUUAACAGGAAACCCAUACUAUGACAGUGUGGGGUCUCUUGGCGUUGGAACUUUGCUAGGAACUGUGUCAGCAUUUCUAAUCUACACUAACACUGAAGCCCUGCUGGGACGAUCUAUUCAACCUGAACAACUGCAGCGACUUACUGAGUUACUGGAAAGUGAUCCUGUAGUAAGAGCAAUUCACGAUGUUAAAGCCACAGACAUGGGAAUGAGCAAAGUGAGAUUCAAGGCAGAAGUAGACUUCGAUGGACGGGUUGUUACACGUUCUUACCUGGAAAAACAAGACAUUGAACAGCUGCUACAAGAAAUUCAGCAAGUAAAGACCCUAGAAGAAUUAGAAGCGUUCAUGCUUAAGCAUGGUGAGAAUAUCAUUGACACGCUGGGAGCUGAAGUGGACAGACUUGAGAAGGACUUAAAGCAACGAAAUCCUGAUGUUCGUCAUGUGGAUUUGGAGAUACUAUAGACUUACCAGAAGAAAUCUUUAAGUUGAUAGCAAUUUGGGAAGAAGACAUGUAAAUGGCUGAAAAGCUUCUGAAAUUACAGUGACCUCAGCAGCAUACCUCGCUUUAGUUUGCAGGCUUCCUGGACUGUUAGCUUCUUAGACUGCUGCUUUUUCUGGAAGAGCAUUAGACUUGCAGUCGAAAAGUUCCGUGACAAAUCCACUUGAAAAGCUGCUUGACUUAAAUUCUGCUGGAGAAUCUGUCUAUUUACUGCAAUUCAGAACUUCAGACUUGAAGUUUAGAUAGGCAAACAUAACUGCCUGAAAACAUGCAGCACGCUUAGUUUUUCCAUUUGUGUCCCUUUGCAGUCAGUUUGCACUUCUUUAGUUUCUUUCAAGAUAUCAUUAAAGGUUCUUGGGAGAUAUUAAGAUUAGCUACGAUGAGUUUGUUCCAGUGGAACCUGCCAACCUUAAACUAAUAGUUAUAUUUCAGCUGUGUGAUUGUUUCACAGUUUUUCUUUUCUAUGAGAUAAAUUCCUUCAAAUAGGCACUGACCUCCAAGUACCGUGACCUGGAAACCUUUUUGCCACCAUUGUGAUUACCAACAGCACUUCAGAAAAAAAAAUCAGGUUUUUCUCCUUGGUGGAGUCAGCUGUACGUGGUCAGCCAGAGGAUAUUGGGUUACUGUGAAGAAAAAUGUAGAGGUUUCAGUGAAUUUCCUCUGUUUAAAUUGUAUUCUUUUUUCCCCCUACUUCUUCAAUUUUUUUUUUUUUUGUAAAUAUCUUCAGAUGUGAUCUGGGAGACACUUAUGGUAGUGUUUAUUGAAAGUUACUUGGCAUUUUUGGCUUUUUAUACUUUUAAUAAGCAGUAUUGCCAAAAAUGGUCAUUGCUAGAAGAUGUAAGAAAUGCAUUUGGAAGUAAUAAUAGUCAAGAAUGUAUUAGAAAUAUUUAUAAUUAAACACGUGAAUACAUUGUA